CACGGGUCCGGUAAGGCAGAGUAAGGUAAGUUCCAUGGCCACCUCCUCCUCCAGUUGUCGACAAACUGCCUUUUUCGCUCUGGGACUUUUCUCCCUCUUUCAAAUUGCCUCCUGCUAUGCCCGCCGGCCAGUAACUCUGUCGCUCCGUUGUCGUCCACCAGAGACGUCGCCAACGCCCUCAUCCCUGCGGAGAAGACUGUCUCCGUUCAUCAUGUCUCUAUGGUCCUCUCUCCCGCAUAUUCCGUAUCCGCCCUCUAGGGAAGGAUAUUGGAGCCCCGUCACGUCGACACUGAAUUGGUGCGAAGAGGACUACUAUGCUACCAUCUAUUCCGCAGAGAUCGUUAAUACCCUGACAAACCUGCUGUUUAUGGCGCUCGGAAUCAAGGGCUUCCUGAGCUGUCGCCGCAAUGGUCAUGACUCGAUCUUCCAGGUGGCAUACUGCGGCUAUCUGCUAGUCGGAACGGGCAGCUUCCUCUUUCACUCGACGUUAAAAUACCCCAUGCAGCUUGUUGAUGAACUGUCCAUGAUUUACACCACGUGUUUGAUGUGCUAUGCAUCCUUCUCAUACUCCAGGACGACUGGCAUCCGCAUCUUCUUAGGCAUCUUCCUUUCCAGCUUGGCGAUCUUUAUUACCCUCUACUACCACUACCUCCAGGAUCCCUUGUUUCACCAAAAUGCAUACGGCAUCUUGACAGCCAUCGUCCUCAUACGCAGUAUGUACACCAUGGAGGUGACGCUUCGUCCUCGCUGGCGCCAUUCCACUGAGGAGGACAGACUGGCGCACGAAAAGCAAGGCCUGCCUGUCCCGACCAAAGAGCACCAACAUUACGAAAAUGUGCGGGAUCUCAAGACCCUCAAGACGAUGUGGUUCAUGGUUAUCUACGGCUUGAGCGUGUUUCUGGGCGGGUUCGCUAUCUGGGGCUUGGACAACGUCUUCUGUUCUAAGAUCCGCGGAUGGCGCCGGGAAGUGGGUCUUCCUUGGGGUAUCCUUUUGGAAGGCCAUGGCUGGUGGCAUGUGAUGACUGGCAUUGGGGCGUAUCUCUACCUCGUUUGGGGCAUCUGGCUCCGUCACUGCUUAAACAAACGCCAAGAAGAGUUUUAUCUGUGGUGGCCUCAUUUCUGGAAUUUCCCCGAGAUUCUCCGCACCAGCACCCUAGGCCAGACCGAGAAUGGCAGUGCCAAGAAGUCAAACUAGAUUGGCUCGCUACACCCUGAUUUCACUAUCACUUAGACCCGAUCGAGGGGCAUCGAGGACCGGAGCUUCGAGCCUUCGCGUGUCGGCAGGUUUGACCGAUAAAAUCGCUUAUAGAUAUCAGUUCUGAGCCACUCAGAAACGUAUCUCUUAUAUAGCCUAUAGAUAAGAACUGAGAACAGAGAAACCAAUGUAGAAUCAUUCAUUGAGG